CAUGCGGGGCCGGGGGCUGCUCUGCGGCAUCGCCCUCUCGCUGCUGCUGCAGCCACCGCGCCCCGCAGCGCAGCUGCAGCCCGAGGUGGUGGUGCCGCACUGGGCAGCCCUGGGCGGCCCCGGCAGCCACAAGCAUCCACUCAGAGCUGAAGUUAUGGUAAAGGCAGAAGGCCAGGAGCUCAUCUUGGAACUGGAGAAAAAUAGAAACCUCUUUGCACCAGGCUACACCGAGACCCAUUACAGCCAGACUGGCCAAGCCCAGACCACCCCCCUGACCCACACGGACCACUGCUUCUACCACGGGGUCGUGCGGGGCCGGGAGCACUCCAGCGUCACGCUCAGCACGUGCCGAGGGCUGCGAGGACUUAUCGUACUGAGCAGCAAUUCCAGCUAUAUCUUGGAGCCAGCCCCCAACAGCCCAAACCAGCACUGGAUUUACAGGGUGGACAACCUGAGAUUGCAGAGAGGAGCCUGUGGCUACCAGGACACUGGGGAUGCAGCUGAAGACUGGCUCAGGGACUUCACAACUGGGAUGAAACCACCACGCCAGAGGGUGAAAAGGGAAACUCUACAGGCUACGAAGUACGUGGAGCUCCUGCUUGUGGCUGAUUAUGCAGAGUUUCAGAAGCAUCACUUCAGCAUUGAAGCAACAAGGCUUAAAUUAGUGGAGACUGCUAAUUACGUGGAUAAGUUUUACCGAUCCAUGAAUAUCCGGAUUGCCUUGGUGGGGCUGGAGAUCUGGAGUAACUGGAAUAAAUGUGAUGUAACUGAGAACCCCUACUCCACCCUGAAGUCCUUUCUGGCUUGGAGUAGCAAAGAGAGGGUGCACAGAAAACACGAUAAUGCCCAAUUAAUCACGGGUGUGCCCUUCAAAGGUACCACAGUAGGCUUGGCUCCCGUGAUGGCCAUGUGCUCUGAUUUCCAGUCAGGAGGAGUAAACAUGGAUCACUCUGAUAAUGCCAUUGGUGUUGCUGCUACCCUUGCCCAUGAGAUGGGACACAAUUUUGGCAUGAAUCACGACUCAGCUGGCUGCUGUACUACCCCUGCAGCAGAUGGAGGCUGCAUCAUGGCUUCUGCAACUGGGCACCCAUUCCCCAAGGUGUUCAACCAGUGCAACAGAAGAGAGCUGGAGAAUUAUCUGCAGUCUGGUGGAGGCAUGUGUCUCUCCAAUAUGCCAGAUACCAAGAAAAUGUAUGGUGGAAAAAAAUGUGGAAAUGGCUACUUGGAAGACGGGGAGGAGUGUGACUGUGGAGAGGUGGAGGAGUGUAACAACCCCUGCUGCGAUGCCAGCACCUGCUCCCUGAAGCCAGGUGCUGAAUGUGCCCACGGCAGCUGCUGUCAUCAGUGCAAGCUGAUGUCUCCAGGAACUCUCUGCAGGGAAGUGUCAGGACCCUGUGACCUCCCAGAAUACUGCACUGGCGAGUCACCGUUUUGCCCCCCCAACUCUUACCAGAUUGAUGGGGCUCCCUGUGACAGAGGAAGGGCCUAUUGCUACAGUGGCAUGUGCCUCACAUACAGGGACCAGUGUGUGCAGCUGUGGGGGCCAGGAGCGUGGCCAGCACCAGAUGCCUGCUUUGAGAAGGUUAAUGCUGCUGGAGACAUCUAUGGGAACUGCGGGAAGGACAUCUACGGGAACUACAGGAAGUGUGAGACCAGAGAUGCCAAAUGUGGGAAGAUCCAGUGCCAGAGCUAUGCUUCCAAGCCCGUGCAGUCCAAUGCAGUGGCCAUAGACACAACUGUCAACACGCAGAUGUGCCGAGGGACCCACGUGUACAGACCUGACAGUGAGGAAAAGGAGAUGCUGGAUCCUGGCUUGGUGUUGACGGGAACAAAAUGUGGGAGCCAUCAUGUUUGCUUUGAGGGUCGCUGCCAGAACACAUCCAUCAUCUUUGAUUUUGAAAGUUGUAGCAAGAAGUGCCAUGGGCAUGGAGUCUGCAAUAACAACAAGAACUGCCACUGCAACCAGGGGUGGGACCCCCCGUUUUGCAACAAGGAGGGGAGGGGAGGAAGCUUGGACAGUGGUCCCCCCUCGCCUGAAGGCUCUUCAGCAGUCGUGAUAACUCUUGCAAUCCUGGCUCCCAUUCUUCUUCUCAUUGGAAUCAUGUUUUUAUUCUAUUAUCUGAAAUGCUGGAAUAAAUUUGCCAUCUGUUCUCUAAAGAAGACACCACAGUUCAGUGACACCUCUGGAACUGGGCAUGCAAACCCUGCCUUCAAGUUGAAAACCCCCCAGCAGCAGAGGAAGGUGAUUGGCUUCCCUGAAAUCCCACCAAAACCUCCUGCCCAGCAAGCUGCAGGGCUCCAAACAAGCAGGCAGCAGCCAUCUGCCUCCUCCUCCAGCUACAGCUGCGGCGCGGGCCCGGCACAGCCGGCACCUCCGAGGGACGUGGCCCGGCGGACACCCCCAAGCAGGCCAGCACCUCCUGCUCCCAAACCCCCCAUCUCUCAGGAUAUUUUGAGGCCCCGGCCACCCCAAAGGGCUUUGCCAGCUGAUCCUGUCCCAUCCAGAUCCAGAGCCUGGCAGGGGAACAGCCCUGCUGUCCCACUGCCUCCUGCACACACCAGAACUCCGGGACGGCUCCAGCCGGGGGCAGAGAAUACUGGCGUCUGGAUGGCUGGAGCAGCAAACAGCUGGAAAGUGGGACAGCCAGGCUCCCGUGGGCACUCCUGAAGCAGUCUGUUCUGGCUGGUUCUGGCCUUCACAGGGCACUGGAUGGCCUUCAUCACCCAAAAACACGCU